AUGGGGGCGGAUUUGUCCCCAAAUACACCCCUGUCGCUUUCAAAAUAUCCUAAGCUUAAGCAUCGUUUGGCGUUUCCUGCACCACCCGGCUUCUUACGCAGGAUUUCUACAAAUCUUCGCCUCACAUACAAACGUGUUGCUCAAAACCAACCAAAUGGAUCAAUUUCAAAUGAUGAUAUCACAGAAACAAAACUGUUAUAUGCACAUCAAAUCUACGAAAGUGUGAUUCAUCCCGACACUAAUGAAGUUCAAAACCGUUUUGGACGAUUGUCAUUUAUACCAAUUGGAAAAUCAUUAAUAGUUGGUGUUCUACUAUCUCAAUUGACAAAGAAUUAUUCCAGUUAUGUUUGGCAUGGUCUCAAUCAAUCAUACGAUUCAUUAGUAAAUUUUACUAACCGUAACGGUGAUACCAAAUUCAUUCCAACUAAUCAAUUUAGAUUCGGAAUAUCCAUUUUGGCUGCCACAGCUACAUCGACUUUGGCUGCAUUUCAUAUUGAAAGAUUUCUCCUUAGCAAGAUAUGUCAUCCAAUACUUUAUCGGUUCGUUCCAUUGAUAACAUUUGCGGGUGCCAGUUUUAUUAAUGUCCCAAUAAUAAGACACAAUGAAAUCAUAGAUGGUGUAAGAAUAUAUGACUGUAAUAAAGAAAAAGUUGGAUAUUCAAGAUUUGCUGGAUUAAAAGGCAUAGGAGAAACCAUAGUUACUAGAAUUAUAAUGCUCGCUCCGGGAGUAGUUUUAAUUCAAUAUUUGGAAGACGUGUUGGAUAACAAAAGCUGCUGGUUUAGAAAAAAUAAAUGGGCACAUUUUGCUUUUAAUUCAAUUGGAUUUGGAAUUAUACUCAUUGGUAUGCUCCCAACAGCAUGUGCUGUAUUUCCACAAUUUAGGUAAGUAAAUUGUUUUCAUAGUUCAUACUUGAUUGACUUCAGAAAAAAUAAACGGUAUUUUACUAUUAUAAUACCUAUGCUAAAUGAGUAAUGACUAUAAUGUAUAUGUGCA